AUGGCAUCCCGAACCUCUGUGAGUGCAAUUAAUCGUAUCAUUGCAUUUGUCGCUGGUGACAAAACAUUCAACCGUGUGUUCCAAACUAUCGAAGCCGUCUCCGCCACAGAGAAAUGUCUUACUUGUCGAUUUCUUGUAUCACAAGCCGAAGUCAAUUCAUUGCGCACACUGCAUGGUGGCUACAUCACUGGUGCUGUUGACUUUGUUUCUACCAUCGAUCUCAUUCGCCUUGGGCACCGGAAGCACGUCAGUGUUCAUUUGGGUGUUGACUUCAUGAGACCGGGAAAAUAUGAAUCGUGGAUCAGAGUUGAUUCAUAUGUUCAGAGUAAGGGGCAACGUUUGGCAUUCUGUGAUGUGCUGUUCUACGAUGAGGCAACUGGAAAGCUGCUUGCCAAAGGAACGCAUACAAAAUUCCUGAUACCUGAGGAUCAGAAGAUCUGA